AUUAUUAUUAUUAUUAUAUUAUUAUUGUAUACCAAACGUGUUUGGCACGUGCUUGCCAAGUCUUCGGUGUCAUACAUCCAUACUAUAUUAUCGUGCACGAGCACACUGCAGCAGUCAAUCCGUGCCUUUCAUCAAAAUAAUACUGCACCUGCAAUUUAUUAUAGUCGUCGACGCUUUUCGUUCUCUGCAGCGAUAAUAUUGUUAUAGUCGUAGUCGCGUUAAAUGACCAUCGUCAUCGUCGCCACCGGCACGCAGACGACAACUGCAACUCCUCCGGAACAAUAAUGACCGACCGGUUCCGGACAUACGACAGCGAAUGCGGCGUGAAUGGCGUUGGAGACCGCCGUCACUGGCCGAUGGCUUUCGGGGCGCUGCGACGGCCGAACAAAAAGUUUACGACCGUCCGGAGGCCCGUCGCAGGAGGUGGCGAAGGACCGGAAGUCCGGCAACCGGACAACGGGAUGUUGUUCUCGUCGUCGUCAUCUUCGUCGUCGUCGUCGUCACCGUCGCCAUCACAGUCGCUGUCGUCCACGUCGUCCACUCCGUCCGUGCAUCGCUACAACGGUUCGUUCCGUCGUCCCAACCACAACAACGUCGAAACCUGCGAGGCCAUCGAAUGGGAAGUCAUGUCCAAACACUUUGCCAGAUUGCCACCAUUUAUCAAAGACAAAAAUGCAAAACAGUUCAACAGCGGACAUCCACAAACGAACAUACCACAACAUCAUCAUUUACAAUAUUAUAGCGACCUGCACAAAUUGCAUCAGGUGGCAUACGCCACCAGAAACACUACACCUAGGAAACCGAUGGCGGCGAUGGCGGCGGCUCAUCAGCCGUGCUGCAAACCGUGGCAGUGGAGUCCUUACGGAGGACCCGCCGGUACGUUUAUGAACGCGUAUUACUUAUCGGAGCCACAAAGGUACGACAAUCACGCUAAGAACGUUGUCCUGGAAGACUCACUAAUACAAGUGGACGAGGCAGACAAAUUGUCGUCGGAAGUCUGGCACAUGUACUUGGACAACCGUCAGUCCGAGGGCGUUUACGAAACGAAGAUGGCCAUGUGGCGCCGGCUGUCGGCGCUGAUCAAGAGCUGGGCGCCCGGCUGCGGCCUGUACCUGGUCGGGUCUACGAUGAACGGUUUCGGUGGCGACGUGAGCGACGCGGACUUCUGCCUGCUCACUGGCUGCACGGCGGCCGCGGUGGUAGACACCGGAGUCCGGCAGCACAAGACCGUGACCGAGGAGCGGCACCGGAUAUGCGCCGUCGAGCGGCUCCAGUGGCUGAUGGGAUUGCUAGACCACGAGCGGAUCAACGGCAAGGUCGGCACCGCGGAAAUGCGCAUCGUCUACGCCAAGGUGCCCAUACUCAGGUUCCGGUGGAUCGGCGACGGUGGCAGCAAGAUGGACGUGGACUUUUGCUGCAACAACGUGGUGGGCAUCCGCAACACCCAUCUGUUGUACUGCUACUCGAGGCUCGAUUACCGGGUCAGACCAUUGGUAGUGACCAUUAAAUUGUGGGCGUCCCGUCACAACAUCAACGAUCCGAAAAAAAUGACGCUGUCCAGUUACUCGCUAGUGCUGAUGGUUAUCAAUUUCUUGCAAAGCGUCGAACCACCCGUGUUACCGUCCCUGCAGUGCAUAUACGGCAUGAAGUUCUCGUCCUAUACAGACAUCGAAUUCGUUCACAUGCACGAACAAUUGCCUAGCAGUGGUUGGAGAAGUGACAAUAAACAGAGCCUCGGAGAGUUGCUAUUGCAGUUUUUCGAAUACUAUAACGAUUUCAAUUUUUAUAAACUCGCGGUGUCUGUGAGAAUGGGAUCACCGAUACCUCUAGAAAGCUGUCGGAUGGCUGACGCGGCAAAAAACAAUCCUGGACAAUGGAAAUUCAUAGGGAUCGAAGAACCUUUUGAAAAAACAAACACAGCACGGUCUGUGAAUAACCAUAAUGUAUUUUCUCAAAUCAAAGAAGCCAUCACUAAUAGUUACAAUCAGUUAAAAGAAACGAUGUCAUUGGAUUCAAUAUUUUGUUAGUUUAUAAUGUAUCAAAACCGAAAAAAAAACAAAAAAAAAAAAAAACAACAAAAUUACUAGAAAAAAAAAUUUAUGAAAACGACAAGAAAACUUCGUGUGGCUUUCGUAUGACAUUAUAAUACAGCGUAUACUUACUUUUUAAGAAAGGAAAACUCGGGAAACCGUGUGUUAAUGAAAAAAAAAUGUACAAAAACGCAUAUAAAAAAAAAUUGUUUUAGCGAAUACAAAAAUUAAGUAAAAAAAAAAAAUGUUUGGAUUUAUAGCACUUAAGUAUUAUUAUAUUAUAUUAUAUAUUGUUGAGUUUAUAUUUAAAAGAAAAAACCUCCGCAUGAACUCCGUCAGUCGAAUUUAAAACUUUUUAAUUUGUUACUAAUCUUAUAUAGAUAUAUAUUACGUAUAAUAUUAUUAUGCAAUUAAAUCUGUGCUCUUGUAUAGGUAGCUAGUUACUGUAGGCAUUGGAAAACAUUUGCAAGCGCAAUCCUGUAUUUAGUAAAAUUUAUCACUGUGUUGACUACGACGUAUUUUGAAUUAUACAUACAUAGAUUCUAGAAUAAUGUGUGCGUUAUUAUAUUAAUCAUCUUUAUUAAUAAAUAUUUUUUCGAACGA